AUGGCUCAACCAAAUAAAUACUUGAUUGCUUAUAAUUCAAUUUCUGCAUCUUUAUGGUCAAUUGUGUUGUUCAACACUGUAUUCUUAGGUGCUACAGUGGGCCAGCCAUAUGUAUUUGAGAAAACCAACAAAACCACCACUAUCAUUCAAACUUUAGCUGUUAUUGAAAUCUUCAAUUCCUUGGUUGGGUUGGUCAGAUCCCCAUUGUUCACCACAUUCACCCAGGUUCUUUCUCGUUUAUUGCUUGUUUGGGGUAUUCACCAAUACUUACCAAACUCCCCAGCCAACUUCCAUUGGUGUUACAUCACUUUAUGUUUAAGUUGGUCAAUCACCGAAAUCAUUAGAUACUCCUACUACGCCAGCAACUUGACUGGUGGUGUUCCAUAUUUCUUGACCUGGUUGAGAUACACCACUUUCUACGUCUUGUAUCCUACCGGUGUUGCAUCUGAGGUGUACCUGAUCAUUUUAUCCUUGAACGAAGCAGGAUUCUACUACGGGUGGGCAUUAAGAAUUAUUUUGGUAGUCUAUAUACCUGGAUUUUACAUGCUUUACACCUAUAUGAUUAAACAAAGAAAAAAGGUUUUAAAUAAAAAGAAUCAAUAG